CUCUACUUAGUUUCUGUAGUUAUUACUUACCUUAUUGUUCUCAAAAUCUAAUCCAUUAGUAAAUCCCCUUUUUUAUGCUAUUGAGAAUCAAGCACACUACGCGGCAUACUAGGAUUUAGUUAUAAAAUGUAGUAUGUUUACUUUCAUUAUUACGUUUAUUUGAUACUUGAAUUAUUGCAAUCUUCCACCAAAUAAGUAAGUGUGUCGUUUCAGAGAAUACUAUAGCUCGAAUAAUAAAUUUUGGGGAAAGUUUCAUUGAUGUAAAUUCUAGAUCAUUGGAUUCUGUGGCAAACCUAGCAACUACUUAUAGUUCUCUGUAGAUUCACUUCCAUUGUCUUUUCUUAAUAUUUUCCCUUGAUAUCCUAGUUAAGAGUUGACCUCCCUUCAGAGUUUAAUACAAGCCUUAAUAUUGAUGUUUAAGAAAAAUUAAUGAGUUGCAGGCUUGCAGCUUGGGUUUUAACUAAUUAAUGAUAAAUAGGUUGGCAUUUUCAUGAUAUAACGAGAUUUACAAGUAUGUGGAGACUUAAUUUGGCCAAAUUUUUAUGAACUAACUGUUUAUCCAUUUUAUUUGACUAAAUAUGAUUAUUAAUGAUUAAACACCUCUUGAAGUUCCAUCUCACUGGUUACUUGUUUUUUGGUUGGCUGAGUGUAUCAACCAUGAUCUGCCUCGUACUUACCUUGGUCGGCCAUUAAACUUUAACCCCAGUGGAGUACUUUGUUGGACUUGGUUGUAUUUUCUUUUCCCCUUUAAGCUUAUGAUGGAUGCAGCUAAAAGAUUGGACAGACCUAUGAGGGUUAUCAUGGUCUGCUGUAGAGGAGGAGGAGAAGGAUCAAUUUGUGAGAUGGGAUCAUGUGUGUUGAUCGAGGGUGCAAAGUGCUUGGUUUUUGGUAAUAUGGUGUCUUUGAACAUCACCCUAGUGAGUAAGUCAUAAGUGAUUGUGGCAUUUUCCACUUUGGCCUAGAGCUGGAUUCUCUUUGUCACAGAGUGAUCCACGCAGAUAUGGCAUUCAAUGGAAAGGAUGGGCUGUGGUAACGGGGUCUCAGGUUUCUCUCACAAGCUAUUAUAAGGUCGCUUUACUUGCCGAGUUGCCGGGUGUAUCAACCAUGAUUUGCCUCUCACAAAUUCUGCCCUCCCUUUAACCCCGGUGGAGUAGUUUAUUGGAUCUAGUUGUGUAGGAGGUUCUUGGAUGUUGUAUGGUUGGAAGAGACUGUUUAUUUUAGAGGGUUGUAUGACUGUCAUUUAGACUUGUCUUUCUAAUGUACCUUUUUGUAUUUUCUUUACUCCGUUAAGCUUCUGGUGAUUGUAGCCAGAAGAUUGGUGAGGCCUAUGAGGAUUUCUCUGUGGUUUGGGUUAGAUGAGGUUGAGAGGGAUCAAAUUGUGAGAUGGGAUUCUGGGUGUCUAUAUAAGGUGUUAAAUGCCUGAAUUUGGUAAUUUGGUGUCUAAAACAGAAGUAUCACUCUCUAGUGGGUAAGUGGUUGUGGCAUUUUCCACUAGAGGCACUUUGCACCCUGGGUUAAGUAUAAGGUGGGUAAUGUUGAGGGCAAUGUUCUUCGGGAGGAUUUUUGAGCUCGGGAGCAGCUCUUGUGUCAUUUUUCCCUCUCUCAUAGACUGUCAAUUCUCAUUGAACACCAAUUUUCUUUCUUUGAGUCAGGGUAGUGAUAAUUUUUACUGAAAAUUUCAACUUAGGAGGGACCUCCAUGCUCAAGACUCAGGAGUUAGGUGAGCUUACUAGCUUGUUAAGAAUCCUUGAAUCUGCUUUUGUGUCAGGUUCCAGAACUGGAAAGCUUAAAAUCUGAAGCAGAUGAAAGCCUUUGCAUUGGAUGCUAGAUAGGGGAAGCUCAAUACAUGUGACAAAUUUGCAUUUCACAAGGUGUUGUUCCUUUGGCAAAGACUGGAUCUUGUAACUAUUGAAUUGGUUGGGCAGAAAUAUAUUGGAUAUGUCCGCUGACACUGCAAAGGAAAAUGUGUCUACUGUUGAUUCCUCCUUGUCUCAGAAGCACAACGUUGGUAAUUUUGAAGAACCAGAGAGUUCCAGCUGUAGAGCAAAUGAGGACAGAGACCCUCCUAGGACAGAAGAAAAGGGGCUGACGGACAAUUCAAAUAUAGUUGUAAAUGUUGAAAUGUACAAUACAAGGUACUUCAUCAUUAAGAGCUUGAAUCAUGAAAAUAUCCAACUAUCUGUUGAUAAGGGAAUCUGGGCUACCCAAGUCAUCAAUGAGCCAAUACUGGAAGAAGCUUUUCAUAAUUCACGUAAAGUAAUUAUGAUCUUUAGUGUCAAUUCAAGCGGAUUCUUCCAAGGGUAUGCGCAGAUGAUGUCUUCUGUUGGGCGGAGACGAGAAAAUGUGUGGACUCAAGGAAUUGGUGCUAAUAAUCCAUGGGGACGGAGUUUCAGGGUCAAGUGGUUGAGGUUAAGUAAUUUGCCAUUCCAUAAGACUCUUCAUCUGAAAAAUCCACUGAAUGAAUACAAGCCUGUCAAAAUAAGCAGAGAUUGCCAGGAACUGUCUCAGGAAAUCGGUGAAGCACUUUGUCAACUCAUUGAUAGAGAAUCUGAAGAGGAUCCUUAUCUGAAAAGGGAUAUGUAUUUUGUGAAGAGGCCUGGUGUGGAGUCUGGUUAUUGUUAUCCUGAUGAGGGAUAUAUGUCCCCUCCUAUGGAUAUGACCUGGGCCACAAAAACGAUGGUUUACCCAUCCUACCUUUAUCAAUACCAUACUGAAGCUAAUGGGUCCCUUGUAGCACACCAUGGGUCUGUUGGAGUAUAUCCUCCUGAAAGUUUGUCUGUCAUGGCAAGUGAAGGUUCACUGAGUAAAAAUGCCCAUCGUAAAGUAAAUACUUUAGACUCACCAGCUGAUUACAAAAUUCCCUCUCAAGUUGAUGGCCGGCAGAUGCCCAAUGAAAGGAGUCCCCUUUGUAGUACUCUUUCUGAAGACGAGUUUCUUGAAAUGUCUUACGAAGAAUACCUGGAGGCUCACAGUAAAGGCAUCAAGCAGGUGACCAUCCUGCCAAUAAAAAUUAUCGAAGAACAGAAGAUUCAUCGAGUAAAGAACAUGAUGAUGAUGAUCUACAUAGUAACAGUGAACAUGGCAGUUCUCAUAAAAAAUCCCGUCGUUGAUUUUUCUGCAUCUCUAUCUAUGGCGCUGAAUGCGGGUUAUUUCUGCAGAUCUUUCUGUGACCAAAUUACUGGUUUAUAGAGCUGUCGUUAUGGAGAGUCUCAUGGAGUCAUGGGUCCUAUUCCCAGAAUAUAGAGUUUAAUUUUCUUGGGCUUUUGUUCUGGUUGUAACAUAGUUUUGUAACUAUUAUAUCACAUGAUUGUAGGAUUAGAACCAACUUGUACAGGAAUUAGAAUUUGCCAAACUGUUGGAGAAAUCAUUUAUUUUCCCCUGUUGGUUUUUUUGGGGGAAGGUAAAGUUUCGGGAGAGAGUAUGGGAGAUAAGCAGGGUAAUAGAGGCUUGGGUUGUGUAACACACUAUCGCAUUUACUUGAGCACACAAAAACAGUAUUUUGUUGGUCAGAACAGUAAAUUAUUGUGCUUGCUUGGUUUAGGUUUAACUAUUACAAAAUUUAUUGUACA